AUAUUAGUAGCGGAAUGCAUAGGGAGUACUUGUUAAGUUAACAUCACAUUAUCCCUAAGCCAUCCAUUGACCAACAAGACUCCUCUCUGAUGGUGGCUCUAAAAAGUACCACUGCGGUUGCAGCGCUGGUUGUUCUUCAAUUAGCCUUGUCAACAGCAGGACAAACCUACCAAUACAGUCGAGGGUGGACGAAUGGAAGGAAGAGGUCUCACGAAGUAGAAAAAGAACUUCCGCAGUUUCCUCUGGCCUUCUCGGCCACGCCUUCAAAAGACUUUACAGAUGAUUUCUUGGAUAUGUUAUCUCAGGAUGUUCCAUUCAGAAAAAAAUUGAUCCAAAUGCUGUGGAAAAUGGAACAACAGGAAGAUAAUGGGCCAGGAUAUUAGUUCAGGAGAGUUGCAAGUAAAGGUACCAAGAUGUGUUGAUGAUGGUUUCAAAACAAAUCUUAAUUUUAAAUUAAAAAACAAAAAUGCUUAUUAUAAAAAUAAUUAGGAUAAAAAUAAUAAAAUUUUGAUUGUUUAUUGAA